AUGGGCCUUGACUUAAUGAGCGCUCCCCAAGACCCUUGUGGGGCCUUAGGUUGCCAUCCUGCUUUCGCUCACAGGCAUGGAGCAGCCCCCAAGGACGACGUUUGCAGGAAUUCCUGCUUCCAUUUUGACUUGUGGUUUUAUUUCACUCUGCAAAACUGGCUCCUGGACUUUGGCCGGCCCAUCGCCAUGAUUGUGCUCCCACUGGAAUGGUUUCCCCUGAAUAGGCCGAGCGUCGGAGAUUAUUUCCAUAUGGCCUACAAUGUGAUCACACCCUUUCUUCUUCUGAAGCUGAUGGAGCGGUCUCCCAAGACCCUUCCCCGAUCCAUGGUGUAUAUCUGCAUCAUCGUGUUCGUCAUGGGGGCCAGCAUCCACCUGGUGGGCGACUCUGUCAAUCACCGACUGAUCUUCAGCGGCUACCAGCUCCACCUGUCCGUCCGGGAGAACCCGAUCAUCAAAAAUCUCAAGCCGGAGACCCUGAUCGAUUCCUUUGAAUUGCUAUACUACUACGACGAGCAUCUGGGCCACUCGAUGUGGUACAUCCCCUUCUUUCUCAUCCUGUGCAUAUAUUUUUCUGGCUGUUUCAUACCCCGUAAAGAACAACAGCCAAGAAUGCCUGUGGCUGCUUUACUCCUCAUCGGGCCCAGUAGUCUCUAUUACUGGUAUCUAGUCACAGAGGGACAGAUCUUCACCCUCUUCGUCUUCACCACCUUUGCCCUGGUGGCGCUCGUGAUGCACCAGAAGCGAAAGGGGCUCGUCAUGGACAGCAACGGCCGCUUCCUCUUCUACUCAUUCAUCAUCACGCUGGGGCUGAUUGCCCUCUGGAUUGGCUGGCUCUGGAAUGACCAGAUCCUCCGGAAGAAAUAUCCCGGCAUCAUCUAUGUUCCUGAACCCUGGGCGUUUUACACCUUGCACUUGAGGAAUCUGCACUCGACACAGGCAGAGAGCGUUUGAUGAUGUUACUGCCUUUAUUUUGGACAGUGGAGUCCUUUGGGCAAGUCAAUAGGGUUUGGGUGAUGCCCACAGAACAAAGGAAGGGAGGUUUUUCCUUCCUUCCAUCCAUCCACAGCUCUUGUAGCUCAAAGGAGUCCUGCAGCCUGAUUCUGUGUAGAUUCAUUUGGAAGCAGGUUCUACCAUACUGGGGCCUUCUCUCAAAUACAUCUUAACUGGGAGCAUAGCUCUAGGCUAUAACAAAGGGAUGUGGUUGCAGAAGGAAUAUUCAGAACCUGAACGGGUCCACCACUGAACCCAAUCCACUGAACUGAAAUUCCUUUUGCAUCAGGGUUUGUAUUUUUUCAUGUUUCUAAUCCUCUGUGAUUGGGAAGAUGCCUUGCCUAUGUAGAGUUUGUUAGAAUGGUGGAUGGAGAAGAGGGAUCCAGUAGACCUUGCAUGACUUUUGUUGUUCAGCUUGUCUCCUUGCUUCACGUUUUCCACCCUAUAUCAGGUGGAAUAAAUUACGCAAAGAUGAAGAUCUGCUUAUUUCAUACAGCUCAGUCUUGCUGAGUGCAGGAAAGCUGCUGCGUUCAGCUCUCAACCAGUUGUUGAUGGCUAUUUUGAUUGUCUGCUCCUGAGAUUUGUGGUGCAAGUAGAUAAUAUUUAGUCUAGUGAAUUUUGAAAUGAGAAGCAAGCACUGAGAAUUUUGACUUCCAGCCUCCAGCUCUAUGAGUUCCUGGCUUUUGCACUCGCUAACAUGAACAAGUUGCAGAUCUGGCUGGAAGAGAGGAAGACUCAGCCAGAGGUGAAAGAGGCAUUGCAUCACCUAUUGCAAGCAUGAGAUUAGGAGGGUGUGAAAAACAACGAGGUCUAAAGGCAGCUACCAUGUUGAAAGAGGUUGCCCAGCCCUGUAGAUUGCUUAGCGACCCCCACAGGGAUGUUCCUGGCUUUGGUGUCAUCCUUUUAGCAAAUUAUCUAUUCCCAGCAGAGAGUAAGAAUUGUGGCCCUGAAAUUGGUGACGAGCUCACUGAGAUCCAUCCAGUGUAGGCAAUGAAUUAGAUAAUUUUUCACUGAUGAAUCCCAUCAACCUCUUAACCAGUCAUAUUAUUAGUAACUCACAGUACUUUCUAAAAUCUUAACCAAAGGUAAUGGUGAUAGAACCAUCCAUUGUAUGGAAGAGAGCCCAUCUUGUGCUCCCUUUCUCUUUAAGAAAGGGGUCCUUGUCAGAAUGGGGGCUGUCAAAAAUAAACCAGUUUGUAUAUCUAGGCAAGCAGUCUGAAUGUUUUCCGAAGUUUAGGGGCUGGCCAAAUAAUGGAGAAAUACUCCAGAACCCAGCUUCACAAGGAUUUCUGGACUUGUGGGAUCUACAGAGAUAUCACUUGGCAAGAGGGCGAGAAUCUGAGAUGUGAACAAAGGAUGGAGAGAGGCUUGUACAAACUACUAACAACAUCCAUUUCUUAGAAGGAUUUCCAGAAUAGUUCUGGCAUCAGAAAUAGCAUUGUGGCAGCUAUAAAGACAAGAGGCAAACACGAGUAGAGUAUGGGUGUAAUCUGAUGAAGUGGAUUCCACAAAAUGAAUGUUACAACAGAUUAGUUGGCCUUAGAAAUGAUGCAGGUCUCCUGCUUGAAGGAAAAAAUGUAAAUGUACAGUAGGGGAGGGGGAAAGCCCUGUUUCCUUGUCUGCAACUUGUAGAAACAAGCACCACCCCCUUGCCCGCACCCUGCUGCUUUUUCUACCAGAAAGGAUGAUAAGAGCAUCUUUAAAAAAUCUUUAAAAUUAGAGGUGGUCUUAUGCUGCUGAGAAUUGGGGCAGAAAAGUGUUUUUAUGGGGGAGUGGACUAACCUUGAAUUCAAAAGCUAUUUUCUUUUGAUUUAGUGUGGGAAAUGAUAUAACAGAGGACUGCCUUAUAGGGCAGAAGACCCAGAGGAUGGUCCAUGGCUCGUUGUCUACAAAUUAGCAUCUCUCUGAUCUUUCUUCAGCAUUUGAAGGCAAAGGGAGUACAUUGACAAACCUCUGGAAGGCAAUGUCUUUCAAAGAAAAAUCCAUCGACCCAGACUUCCCAGAAUUUUUUCCUGUUGAAAUUAUGAGCUGUACUUUGGUCUGCUCCAGCCUUCCACCACUUGGACCCCCCCCCCCAGAUGUUUUGGAGAUCCGUUUUCAUCACCUAUAGUCAGCAUGGGCAGAUUUUAGCCUAACACAUCUGGAGAGGGCCUCAAGUGACAGAAGCCCAAACUACAGCCCAUAAUACCCAGGGGAAGAUGCAGGCUCACAAACAGGACAGGUGGUUGCACUAGUCAUAAGAGCUGUGGUUAAAAGGUAUUUUUACACUUCGGAUUCUGCUGUAACCAGCUGUCACACUUUUCACAACACAAGUGCUUUCUCUUUGCCACACACCUGCCUCUCUCCUCCCUUUCCUGCGCUCUCUCCUUCCCUCCCCUUGAGGACUCGUGUAGGAAACUCCACAUCUGGGAGAUGUGCAGUGGCAUUCCUUAAGUGUAAGAAGUUUUUCACUGAGACUCUUUUUCAGGGACAUGCACAGGGGAGGGACAAAAAAGUUAAGAUGACUCUCCAGUAUCUCAUGAGAUACUUCAAUGGACCAUCAAAGCCCUGCCCCUCAGGCCUCCAGUCACGUGGCUGCACCAUCUUGACUUUAACCCCCUUUCGGAUGGUCCUGCUUUUUUCGUAUCUUGCAAACCUGGGCAAGGCCUUCCUGUAACAGUUUGCCUUUCACAAUUCCACCUACGUACUCCAAGUGUGAUCCAGAUGUUUAUGUAAUGAGUUUAGUUUGGGCAGAUAAAAGUGUGCUAAAAUCCUUCUGGACAGAGUGGUUCAGUCUUUCAAAUCUUUGGAGUGCCAGGGAGCCUCUAAAUGCGCCAUAGAUUCCUUUGCUGGUUUUCUUCAGGAAGCAAGGAGUAUAAGUAACAGACAAGGUAAAUGGUGAGAUAAGUUUGUCAAAACAAAAACUGCAUUUGAUUUAAUUGUAAUUAAAGACAGAUUGUAUAAUUAG